AUGAGUCCCAUUUACAGGAGAAACGAGGUACAGGUACACUCGCCCUCUUCAACAUUAUCCGAUUCAAAUCCACAAGCCACGACCUCCACAGGGGACCCGAACUACAUGCUCUCCAUCAUCCAGCAUCCAGUCCAUGGCAGAGUUCACAAUGGGAAAGACAAAGACCGAAAGCCCAUCGACCCUCCGCCAGUAGUUCGUCUUCAAGUCUCGCCGGGACGCGACCCUACCGGAGUCUACUUGACCAAUCCCUAUCAUUUUGUCAUGUGCCACCUGAUCGAUGUCGGCGAGAAGGACAGCAAAGGCCAAACAAUCGAGAAGCCAGUGGAAGGAAACAAGCUCAUCGGAACCAUAGUGUCUUCACUCCAUCGGCUGAAGGACGUGCAGAAUCAGGAUGUGGCCUACUUCGUAUUCAGCGACGUGUCGGUCAAGGUCGAAGGCUUGUUCAAGCUUCACUUUACCCUUUACGAAAUGGCUGGCGACGACUGCAGACAACUCGCGGGCAUCAAAUCCGAGCCGUUCUACGUCUACCCUGCCAAAAAUUUCCCAGGCUUGGCCGAGUCUACCUUCUUGACUCGGAGCCUCAGCGACCAAGGCGUCCGCGUCCGCAUCCGCAAGGAUUCUCGGCAGUCGCAGGGCAUGAAAGGGAACAAGCGUUUUGCCCCGUCCGGCGAUGACCCCCGAAAGGACAUGCCGCAGCGACGAAGGACAGAUGAAGAGGGCAAUUAUCGUGCAGUGGGCGUGGGGGCCUCCACCUUGUCACCUGUUCAGACUUCUCCCGGUUCCGGGUCUCUUCAGGGCAACAUUCCGCCCAGCCCUGCUUCGUCCACCGGCAUGGUCCACACCUCCGGAGGGAUACGACCACAGCGUCCGUUGAGCUCCAGUAUGGGUCCUGUCAUGAGCAACAUGUCUCCCCGGGGCCAAGUGGGCGCCGGAUUCUACGGCCAGUCUUCAUAUUUUCAGCAGAAUAUGGCCCCAGGCCACAUGUUGAACGGAAGCAGUUUGGCACACAGCCCUACCACCAUCAGCCCUACCAGUACACAUUCCAUGUCCAUGUAUGGACCACAUGCGGGAGUUAUUCCCGAUUAUUACGCCGGCUACGGCCACAUCAAUGGUCAUCCGACCGCGGCAGCCCACGCGCACUACUCUCAAACGCCGCCUUCCGCCUAG